UGCCCUUUUUAGAAAACAAUGGAAAGGUUACCUAAGAGACCAAGGGCAUAUAAUAUUAUGUUUUUAUGUAAUUUUGAACGGUUGAGGAGAGUCCUUGGGCCAUUUUUAGUUUUCACAAAGUGCAAUCACAUGGCCAUAUGAAUGUCAGCAGCUUUGAGAAAGAAUAGAGGAGAAAUAUGUGGAUAUGAACAAGGUCCAAGGAACCGACCAUUUGUGAAUUUGAUAAGUGUGCAAUGGAUAAUCCACAGCUUUUAAUGAGAUCCAGAUCGUACAAUAUAAUAGUACUCAUUGUUUAUAUGACUAAUACAAAUUGGUUAUUAUUUUAGAUGUCAAUUAGAAGGAAUAAUGCAAUUUAACGUCAUUAACAUCAGAAAGUAAAAAAUGUAAUAUAACAGAAGAAGCGUAAGCAAAAAAAAUAAUUACUAUUGAUAACUGAUAUUUAUCAGUGCACUGCUCAAUACGUCCUAUAUGGGUAAUUUAAUUAAAAAUGACAAAUGUUAACUGGCUGUUCCAGAACAAAUAGGAUAUUGCCUAACACAGAGCUGAAAAAAAAAGGUAAUGCAAAGAUCCCAAUUGCAAAAUCACACGGAGGACAUUUUAGAAAAUAUGACCUCAACAUGAGUCAAUUCAGGGCCUUGAUUGGAGUUUUUGUAGGAACAACAGAUUAGAUACAGCCCAAUGUAUUGGCCAGCUAACUCCUCAAAGAGAUCUAUUUAUAGCACACUGCCUUGGCACUUGGCACCAAGAAACAAGCAGAGACCCCACACUACCAGGGCAAAAUUCACACAAAGAAAACCCUCUCUUUCUGUUUCUUUUCGUGUUCCCAGUCCAAAGAGAGAGGCUGCUUUACCUUGUAGUGAUGGCAAUGGCGAAGCUUGUUUGUGUCUUGCUUCUUGCUAUCCUUGGCAUUUCCAUGGCUGCAACCCAGGUUAUGGCAAAAGAUACUCAGUACCAUCUUGACAGGGGGAAUUAUGGACCUGGAAGUCUGAAGAGCUAUCAAUGCCCAUCGCAAUGCUCGAGGAGAUGUAGCCAGACGCAGUACCACAAACCUUGCAUGUUCUUCUGCCAAAAAUGCUGUGCAAAGUGUCUAUGCGUCCCUCCAGGCUACUAUGGAAACAAAAGUUCAUGCCCCUGCUACAACAACUGGAAGACUAAGCAUGGAGGACCCAAAUGCCCUUAGAUCACUUCACCCUUUCCCCCUUUUUUUUUUCAAUUAAUUCUGUCUGGAACUCGACUUCAAGAAAACAUAAGGCUCUGAAAAUGACUGAGCUCAUUGAUCUUGUCUUC